GCAAGUCAGUCGGUUUUUGGAUGAGCUCUAGUGCACAACGUUGCGCAGCAAAGUAACAACAAGUAUUCAGCAAGUGAUCGUUUAAAAGAAACGUUAUAUAUAAAAGAAAUCAAGCGAAAUGUCGGGUAAAUUAAUAAUGAAACGAAAAUUGGAUAAAACACAUCAAUCGUCACUUAAUAAUAAAGUGGAUGUAGAAGAUACACCAUCAUCAACAUCACCCUCAUCAUCAGAUUCGCCAUUAGAGAAGCGUAAUAAAAAUGAAGAAACUUCUGACAGACAACCGGAAAAUAAGCGUAUACGCUGUGAUACUCCACCCCCAGAACCAGAGGAUUUGGAUUUACCACCCCUACCACAGGUCACCGAACAAAAUCGCCAUUUACUCGAGGCCAUACAAUUGAAAAUGUUGGAAUUACAAAACGAAUUGGAUGCAUUCGAACAUGAUGUUGAAGCUCAGGAAGAAGACUACUAUUAUCUUAACGAUUCCCAACAUCAUCAGAACAAUCAAAUGUCCGAACAAGAAGCCGAGGCUUUAGGUUUCGCCAUGUGUGCCCAAGAGACCAUGUUGUUUUUGCAAAGAGAAGGCGUACCCUCGGAUAGUAUACUGUAUACACGAUUACGUGAUGCUUUAGUAGGACCUUCUCAACUUGAUUCAUCUUUGAGGAAAUAAGAAAAAGUAAAAACUAUAUUUCAUUGCCCAGUGUUUGUUUUUAAACGUCUAGUCAUUGUUUAAAAAUGUUUCUGUGAAACAUAAAACAAAAUUAAUUUUAGUUUUUAAAGAAAAAUCUAGUCAUGUUUUUCAUUAAGUUAAACUUAAGAAUGAAAUCA